AUGUCUUUGGUCUGUGGCGGCACGGAUGAUGAUGAUGAUGAUGAUGAUGAUGAUGAUGAUGAUGAUGAUGAUGAUGAUGAUGAUGAUGAUGAUGAUGAUGAUGAUGAUGAUGAUGAUGAUGAUGAUGAUGAUGAUGAUGAUGAUGAUGAUGAUGAUGAUGAUGAUGAUGAUGAUGAUGAUGAUGAUGAUGAUGAUGAUGAUGAUGAUGAUGAUGAUGAUGAUGAUGAUGAUGAUGAUGAUGAUGAUGAUGUCAAAGACAACUAG